CAGACGCAGAAUGAAGUUCCUCAUCGUGUUCGCUCUCUUCAUUGCCGCCGGCAUUGUCGCUGAAGCCUGGACGCCGAUCAGCCACACGAUGCGCCACGACGACUUCCAUCCCAUCAAGGAAGACUGGCACAUUCCCAGCUACGAGUACAAGUACGGCGUGAAGGACCCCAAGACAGGCGACCACAAGGAGGCCUGGGAGCACCGCCACCACGACGAGGUGAAGGGCGGCUACUGGCUGCACGACGCCGACGGCACGAAGCGCAUCGUGGAGUACACGUCCGACCCCAAGACCGGCUUCCACGCCAUCGUCAAGACCGAGGGCCACGCCGAGCAUCCGCUGCACUACGGCAUUGGCGGAGGCGCCGGCGGCGGAAACUAA